AUUUUCCCUCUUUCGCUUUUUGUCUUUACUACUUUACGGUCGUCUGCUCACGCGAUGGCCACAUUCUUCAGUUCAAUAUUCUUUUGUUGUCGACGAAAACACUCGAAAGAUUAUAUUGUACCCAACGAUGAAGAAGCUCGUCUCAUUCUUCCGUCUACCGACCCCUUAUCGCCGAUAAUUCCUAACGUCAUCGUUAUUGAUCACCAAAAGUUGCAGGAUAGGCUUGGGACCAUUGUACGUUCAAAAGAGGGUAAAAUGGUAAACGUAAACUCUCAAAUACCUUUCAACCUUCACAAUCAACCUUUGCCACAAUCCUCGUUGUCGCGUUCCAACUCUCACUACAGGAUAUCGGCUCUGACGAUGUUUUCAUCACGGAAUUACUCUCACAGCCUGAGCCAUAGUGGCUCACGGACAUCGUCUCCUUCUGAUCGCCGCACCUCUUCAAGUGAAAGGACGAACGAGUAUAGGCGAACUCCGAUUCUUAACGCGCGGCUUGUCAAGGACUACGGAGCUACUGCUACGACGAGUAGAGGGAGGAAGGGCCGACUUGCCUCGGACACCUCAGGGGCGGGGGUCCCGGUUGGAAGUGAGACGAUGAUAGGACCGGAGUCGCCUGACUCCAGUCAGGGUGAGCCCAGCACCUUCACAAUACCGGAUAUCGGUGCACUCGUGUUAAACUGGGACGAUUGACAUUCGCUUAAGGAUUGAUUUAUUGCUUUGCUUUGCUUUCGAUUAUUCUAUACCACCACGUUGCGGAUUAAUUCCAUUGCUAGAGGCCCACCGUAAGUUUGUAUUUAAUCGUCGACUUUUAUAGAACAGAUCCAUAUUGUUAUCAGCACAUAUAUAACGUAUACAAGACAUUCAUCACAGAUGAAUAUCGUUCCGCUGUCUAGUGUCUACCUGCUGUGCUCUACUAUAAAUGAAUCAACUUGAAUGUCAAAAAUGAUCC